AUGGACUUUGAUCUCCAUUCCGGAUACUUAGCAGACCCUCAACCGCCUCUCCCCCAGACUUUGCUCUCAAACUUACCAAACAGCUCACUUACACCCCAAACAGCAAUUUCCAGGCCCAAUGGCAAAUCUCCCACCGCCUCUGGACCCAGUCCAACUACUCGGAACUCACCCGGCGCCGUCAUCUCCAAAAUUGAAGCCAUCUUUGAGGCUAUGACGGAUUGCCUUCUGGGCGAGAAGAGCGAGCUUGUGAUUCAAUUGAAGACGAGGACGAGUAAGACAGAGGCAACAUCUGAUGGUGAUGGCAAUGAUGAGAGUGCGCCGUCGACUAGAAAGAAGGCAAAGCCUGACACUAGGACCUUCACUUUUCCCAGCAAGUCGCCUCGGGAAGUGUGGAAAUUCACUGCUUUACUCCGGAUUCUUGAACUUUCUCAUGAGGCUCUUGUUACUGGCAUCGUGACUACGAAAAGAGACAUGUACUAUCGGGACUCGGAGCUUUUCAUCAAACAAGCUGUUGUCGACCGAUAUGUCGACGAUAUUGCGUACACCUUGGGAGUUACUCGAGAUGCUCUCAACGUGGUUGCAGCUGCGAAGGGUCUUGUGGUUGGUUCUUUCGCCAUCACUAGGAAGGACACAUCUGUCGUUGACUACUCUUCUGAGCCCGAGGGUGUCUUGAUUCCGAAUGUAAAAGAGAUCGCGGAUAUCAAUCUUGAUGAAGUUCGAUGGAUCUUGGUGAUCGAGAAAGAAGCCACGUUCCGCACACUUGCAUCAAACCAGUACUGGAAAGACUCACUAGCAGGAAAGGGGAUACUGAUCACGGCAAAAGGCUACCCCGACGUCCAAACCCGCCAAUUCCUCCGCCUGCUCUACACGUCCUUUCCCGAACUCCCCAUCCUAUGUCUCGUCGACCACGACCCCGACGGAAUCGGCAUCAUGUCAACUUACAAGCACGGCUCCAUCGCACUCGCUCACGAAUCCGCUACUCUAGCAGUCUCCUCCGUCCAAUGGCUCGGAGUGCGAAGCAGUGAUUUCAUGGGGGGCUAUGAAGAGGUUGAGGCAGUUGGAUUGUUAAAGUUGACCGAGAGGGAUAGGAGGAUCGCGGCUAAGAUGCUGGAGAAAGGUGGUGGGUAUGUGGAUGUGGAAUGGAAGAGGGAAUUGAGGGUUAUGCUGAUGUUGAAUGUCAAGGCUGAAAUUCAGGUAUUGGGGAAUGCGGAGGCGCUGGGGAAGUGGCUUGAUGGCAAGUUGGUCGAUGCUGUAAGGAUUGAGUGA